UUAUAAAAAAAAUAGUUUGUCAUGCUUUAGAGUUUAGGCUACAUAGUUCAUAGAAUUGUAAUUUCCAGCUCCCAAACUCAUAAGAAUUUCUUGACUCUUGGUUUUGCUUAUAUCAUGGAAAAGAGAUAAUUAAUAACAAUAAUAAUAAUAAUAAUCUUACUUUAAUAUGUUUCAAUCACGAUUUAAAAUAGUACUAUCUUAAAUCGUGGUUUCAAUCAUUAUAAAAUUGAUAUCUUUGAUGAGCCUUGAUAUCAAGCCAUCAAGGCUCUCUAGUCUAGACUAUAAUUGUGGUAUUACACUAUUACAAACUUCUUUUUUUGUAAUACUUAUUAGCACAGUAAGUUGUAUAAGGUCCAUGAUUAGCACAGAUGUGAUAUUAAUUUAGCAACAUUCAUAUUAUUUAGCUAAUGAGUAAUGGUUCGACAUUUUAAGAAUUAGGACAAAAAUAACUAAGUGACUAUGGUGUGAUAUUGACUUACUGAAUCAAUACAAUAUAUUACUAAUAUUUAAUAAUUGAUAAUGACGUCAGCUUCCAGCACAAGUGCUAGAUCCCUUUUUGGUGAUUCCAAAAAUUUGUUGAGUGAACGAGUAAAGUUAAACAUUAAUAAUAUGUCAUCAGUUAUCAAGCAAAUUCACAGAAGUUCCAAGAGUCAUGAAAUGUUAAAUCAAACUGUCAAAAAUCUCGCAUUACUAGAAUCUAAUAUUGAUCGUACUGAACAUAAUUUAAAUCAGUUAAGAAAUGUUUCUACUAAUUUCAACCAACAAUAUGGAGAGUUAAGAAGAUCCAUACAACUUAUUGAAGAAGUAAAGGAACAUGUACAAACCAUGCAAAGAUAAAUAUAUAAAUUAAAUUAAUUUUUAGUAGAUGUACAUAUAAAUUUGUGAAUGUAUUUUAUAUAAUGUA